UGUACUUUAUAUGCACUUUCUGACAAGUUGUGGUGCACCUGAGCACUGUAUACAAUAAUUUCAUUAUUAUUAUUAUUAAAUGAAAUAUUUUCAACCACAGAUCCGCUAAACGACUACAAUAACUUUGGCUGGGCAAACCAACUUCGACGACACGGUUUUUACGUUAAAUGGGAGACAAGUGUUCAUAUUCGUUGAUCACUUUCAGCAUUAACAGAUACAAGUAUUAUUAUAAUCACUUCUGUCAAAUGUGUGCAAACAAGUCUUUUAAGUGUAGAAAAACUGUGCUACUAACAAUCUCGGGCCGACUAAAUUUUGUGAGUAAAUUUAGUCUGCGGAAACAAAAGAAGACCAUCGCGCACGCGCGUUUGUUCGUGUCUUGACAUGUUUCUGAUCUGUGAACGUGUCCAGAUAUAAGGGAAAUAUCUUGCCUGGAAACCGAUAAGAGUUGUCGGCAAGAAGGAUAUCUAGCAGUAGAAAACUACCUCAGUGAAUUUCAUCUCAGCCAUACAAGCAUAGAAAAAUGGACAUUAAAGCAAUUAUGAUGAUUGUAUACAUAUAACUCGUAUAUCUCAUCAUUUUCGUGUCCACUUUUCUGUGCUUGCUUUGGUCAAAUAGAAUUCAUUGAGGCACAUUUUCCACAGUUCAUGCCUUUCCUGUCACCAACUCUCAUGUUUCCAAUCAUAAGGGUAAAUAUUUCUCCAUCACCAGAUUUGUUUAUGCAGAGGACUGGAAAUGAAGAACACUACUUGCUUACAACUAUUAUGUGAUGUCAAAACAAAGAAAUACAAAUACCCACAUGUACACGUGUGCGUGUGUGUAUAAGAAGAAAAUGGAGAUUGGGAAGGUAUAACAUGGUGAAAUUGGCACAAAAAUACCUCACCAAUAGUUCAUUUAUAACUUUAUCAGAUUGUGUAUUCUAGAGAAUGACUUUAUUGAGGAUCAAGGACAUGUGAUGCUGUUUCUAUAACCUUUAUUGAAUUACUUAGAAAAUAUUUGUACCAAACAGUGGUUGCAAAGAUUUCUUAUGUUGAUUUCAUUGAUAUCUUUGAUGAUGGUGGAGAGGGAAAAAUAAACCAUAAACUGAAAUUUCCACUCUGAUGCAUAAUGUUGUAAAAAUGUUGAAUUCUAGUUGAAGAUCAUUUCAUUAAGAGAAAGGUUUCCAAAAUUUUUGUUUGUUUGUUUGUUUGUUUUUUUGUAUGAAUAAGUGUUUUACAAAUUUUCUCAUUUAUCACCAUCUGAAAAAUAUAAUCUGUUGGUAAUGAUUUGUAAGGAUUUCUGAAAUGUUUCUUUUCUAUUAGUAUAGUUUAGUUUUAAAUCAAGUCCAUGGAAGGUAAGGGUGAAACACAGUCUGAAACUAGUGAUUUAACUCCUCACACUGAAGUAAAUAAAAAGAAGAAAUCAUAUCCUUGUGACAUUUGCGGAAAGACAUUCUCACAAAGUAGUAAUGUAAUUCAGCAUAAAUUAAUUCACUCUGGUUCAAAACCUUAUGCUUGUGGUGUUUGUGGUAAGAGGUUCACUGCAAAUAGUUCUCUUUCUUGUCAUAAACGGAUCCACACAGGGGAAAGACCCUACAACUGUAAUGUCUGUGGUAAAGCAUUUACAAUCAAAAGCAAUUUGACAAGCCAUGAACGCAUACAUUCUGGAGAGAAGCCAUUUCAUUGUGAAGUAUGUGGCAAAACAUUAGCUCGCAGUACAGAGUUAGCUCAUCAUAUACGGACACACACAGGGGAAAAACCAUAUCAGUGUGAUGUUUGUGACAAGGCAUUCUCUAAAAAGGAUUCUUUGGUACGCCACCAACGUAUUCAUACCGGAGAGAAACCAUACAGCUGUGAUAUUUGUGGAAGAACAUUCUCUCUAAAGGGUUCUUUAUCCACUCACCAGCGAACUCAUGAAGAUAAGUUAUCGUAUCAGUGUAAUAUAUGUGGUAAAAUAUUAUAUCGAAAACAUGAUUUAGUGAGGCAUAAUUGUGCUCGCACUCUACAGAGACGAUUUAUAUGCAAUGUUUGUGGUGAAGAGUUUCUUCAGAAAUGUCAUUUAUUUAACCACAAACAAACUCAUGCAGGAGAAAAACCAUACCACUGUGACAUUUGUGAUAAACCAUUCUCACAGAAAAAUCAACUGCUUGUCCACAAACGUACACACACAGGAGAAAAACCUUAUAACUGUGAUAUCUGUGGUUAUAUGUUCUCUCAGAAAGGUCAUUUGUCUCGUCACAGACGAAUUCACACUGGUGAUAAACUAUACCUCUGUGAUAUCUGUGGUAAAAGUUUCUCUCGAUGUAAUAAUUUGUCAUCUCAUGUGCGCACACAUACGGGUGAGAAACCAUUUGAAUGUGAUGUCUGCGGUGAAGCUUUCACCGUAAAUAGUCAAUUAUCUACUCACAAAGGUAUUCACAGAAGAAACAAUACAUAUUUCACAGUGAAUAUUGUCACUAAGACAUUUAAACCUCCUGACAAUUAAGUUUACCACAAAUGGGUUCUUUCAUUAUCAUCAUUGUUUUAAUGUUUAUUUGUCCAUGCCUGCAUAGGUCAGGUGAAGCUUUGUUGGGACAGAGUUUUCUACAAUCAGAUACCCUUCCUUAUGCCAACACCACCUAUUUCCUGUCUUUUGGACAAACAACCUGAACGUGCUUAUACAGAAAACUGGAAACAAAUGAGACUUUUUUAAUGAGCCUUUUGUUUACAAAGAUUGCGCAACAUGUCAGUAUGCCUGGGCAUACUUUUGUGAUGAGCUACAAGCAAAUGACACCAUUUACAUGAACAGAGAGGCCAUUGUUUACAACCAACAAACACACUUGAAGAUGAAGGGGAAAUACAAACUCACACAAGCACACAUACAGGAAGACGCAUUAUACCACAGGUUUCUUUUAGUUUCCAUCUACCAAAUCCACUUGCAAGGCUUUUAUCGGCCUUGGGUUAUAGAAGACACUCACUCAAGGUGCCACACAGUCAUGCUUGUGCCUGUAUGUGUGAUGGACUUCUUUCAGCUUCCAUCUACCAGAUACAUUCACCAGGCUGUAGCCAAUCGUGUGGCUAAAGGAAAAAGCUUGUAGCAUAAGUCUGUAAGACUAGUUCACAUCAUUCAGUACACAUGGUUGUAUAUAUGGACAAUACUGUAUAAAACGUUUGCUUGUGAGAAAACCUUCAACUGUAACAACAAAUUGAUGCUAGAAAGUAUCAAUUUUAGUGAGUUUUUUCCAAAAGUUGAUUUUUAAAAUUUCUUUUUGAAAAUGCUAUGACUAAAAUGAGAUAACAUUUUUGUAGUAUUGACAAUCCCUCAUAACUUAAUAGCCUCCAUCAUUAUCAAGAUGAAAACAAAGCAAAUGUUUAAUAACAAUUUUUUCCUGGUGCAGUUUAUUGUAAAAUGUAAAUUUCAUUAAAAAAAAUGUUUCAUAAUUA